AUGGCGGGCACAAACAGGAAGUACUCGAAGAAGAUUGAAGCCUUUGAUCGGAGCAUCACGAAGAGAGGGCAGGUCUCCGAAAGCAAACAGAGGAAGGGAAAGGGGUAUCCCGUGGGCCCCAUCGUAUUGGCUGUCUUUCUCUUUGUUGUCGUGGGUGCGCUGUGUAAAAUCGUGGCACAGGGAGGCAUCACACACGAUUGGUCCUCCACACCUAGUGAUUGUGUCCCUUCCGUACCAGGCGGCUGUACAGAUUCUACCAAAAAGCAGUACAUGAACGUGUCGGAGACGAUGUCCCAAACCGACAUGGAGUGCAUGGCAAUCAUGAAACUUGUGGCGGCCGUGAAUAUGGAGACGCAAAGAGGAGCUGCCACGAAGGAAGACGACGUAAUCGAUGAGUACUUUUCCGCGGCAGUUAGCGUCUAG